ACCGAAUCGGCAGCAAGGCGCCAAACCCCUCACUCCUCUGUUACUCUCUUUUCGUCGUGUUCACUACUCACCGAAACUUCAUCAUCAUCGUCGUCACCAAAGCCAAACGCUUCUCCUCUCGCGCUCGGCCACCACAACAACAUUCAUUCCUUAAAUUGCUCAAGGUUAACAGCCAUGGCCUUGAGAAUGGUGACCAGGAAAUUAGGGAGUAAACUGUUGCCCAAGUUCUCUUCUACUUCUCUACUGCAUUCACAUGCCACCAGUUUUGGAUUUAAAGAAGUACAUGAAGAAGAAAAAAGUCGCUUGGUUGGUAAUGUCUUCAGCAGUGUUGCUUCGAGUUAUGAUCUCAUGAAUGAUAUCAUGAGUGUUGGAUUACAUAGAUUAUGGAAGGACAGACUGGUCUCCAAACUGAAUCCAUUUCCUGGAAUGAAGCAUCUUGAUGUUGCUGGUGGGACAGGGGAUGUAGCUUUCCGGAUCCUGGAAACCUUAAACAGUGUCAAACGCAGAGCAACACAAGAUGUUCUUGAAGAUAAUUUACACGAAGAAACUCAAAUAUUUGUAUGCGAGAUCAACCCAAACAUGUUAAAUGUUGGUAAAAAGCGAGCCAUGGAGAGAGGUCUUGGUGAAGACAAAUCCCUAAUAUGGAUGGAGGGGGAUGCCGAAGCCUUGAAAUUCAAAGAUAAUUCAUUGGAUGGUUACACAAUUGCAUUUGGGAUUAGGAAUGUUACACACAUAGAGAAAGUUCUUGCUGAAGCUUACAAGGUACUCAAACGGGGAGGAAGAUUCCUAUGCCUUGAAUUGAGCCAUGUGGAAGUUCCUGUAUUUAAGGAAUUGUAUGAUUAUUACUCGUUUUCUGUCAUUCCAGCUGUGGGAGAGCUAGUUGCAGGUGAUCGAAAUUCAUAUCAGUACUUAGUUGAGAGUAUUCGCCGUUUUCCCUCCCAGGAGACAUUUGCCUCAAUGAUAGCAGCUGCAGGGUUUCAGAAGGUUGAGUAUGAAAAUCUUGUUGGUGGAGUGGUCGCCAUCCAUUCCAGGUUGAAGUUUUAAAUGUAUAUAUCAACUUUGGGUUGAAACUCUUAAAGAAUCUUGGGCAUUGAAGUUUUGUGUUGUCCUGCAUGAAAUCCUACGUAAAGUGUUUUAGUUUGUGAAAUAAGAAAAAUAAUUAGGUUUCAAGUUUUUUCUACAAUAUUUGUUUGUUUCAUAAUACUGCUUUUCUACUUGGGGAGUAAA